AUGUCCACCUACUUGGGCGCUGUGCCCAUCUCUCCCACAGCGUCCGUCGUUGCCGCCAUAGGAACUGGUUUGGUUGGACAUGUGGUCUACAAUCGACAUGAGCCAACUAUUCGGAGUUUCAUCCGUGACUUCCUGGCCACGGUAGCUAUUUUUACCGGUCUUGCUUUCCUGGGUUCUCAAAACUCCAGGUCAACCAUGUUUGCCGUGAUUACUUUUCCAUUGAUUGAGCUUGCCGCAUUGGGGCUCAGUAUUGCGCUAUAUCGCCUCUUCUUCCAUCCGCUGAGGCGAUUCCCGGGGCCAUGGUCUGCGAAACUCACGAAGUGGACUGGUGCUUAUUGGGCCUCGACUGGCAAGCUUCACGAGAUUAUUCCAGCACUUCAUGAGAAGUACGGUGAUGUUGUCCGGAUCGGGCCCAAUGAGCUUUCCUUUGCAGAUGCAAAGGCCAUCAAAUUCUUACACGGGCCUCAAGGCUCCAAGCUUCCGAGGGGACCAUAUCAUGACGGAUCCGUCUAUGGCUCUCGGGGGACUGCCAUGCCCAAUACUCGCGAUUGGCACGACCACAAAGUUCGCCGGCGCAUGUGGGACCAUGGAUUCACUCAAAAUCAGCUCAGGUCUUAUGAACCCCGUGUGAUAGCGCUGCUGGAUGUUCUCUGCGCACGAUUGAGAGAGCUCGAUGGACAAGUCGUAGACCUUGGAUGCUGGCUCGACUAUGUCACAUUCGACGUGAUGGGUGACUUGGCUUUCAGCAAAUCGUUCGGACUCCUUAAUGAUGAUGGCCCCCGCUACUAUUCCAAGGCUGUUAGAAGUGGCCUCCGACUUCGAAAUAUCAUCUCAAAUGUCCCGUGGAUGUCUCCUGUCGCCUAUCUCCUUCCCAUGAACAAGGAAUUCAAGGAGAAUGCUGGAAGAUUCAGGGCACUGUCCAAGCAGUCAUAUAAGGAGAGACUGGCGAAGGGCACAGAACCAAAUGACAUCUUCACGCAUAUAUUGGCUGGUGACAAGGACGGGGUAAAAACGAGAGAAGCAGAUGUCGAGGCAGAUGCUCCGAUUUUGAUCAUCGCUGGAAGCGACACGAGCUCGAUUACUUCUACAUUCAUCUUUUAUUUCAUUACCAAGGACAAACUGGUCUAUUCGAGACUCCGGGACGAAAUCGAUAACGCCCUGAAAGGAAAAUCUAUCUCCUCGGAUUUGCUAGCACCCGACAAGUGCCCCUAUCUGAAUGGGGUUAUCUACGAGGCGCUCCGCAUCUGGCCUCCAGGCCCCAACAACCCACAACGUCGUACUCUAGACCAUGUGGGCACGCACGUCUUGACGGUCCAACGAAGUCCGGAGAAUUUCACCAACCCACUCGAAUUCGUUCCAGAGCGAUGGGACGACACCCAGCGCGAUCCGAACUGGAAGCACAACCCACAGGCGUGGAUCCCCUUCCAAACGGGAGCCUAUGCCUGUGCUGGGAAGCAACUUGCGUUGGGUGAGCUACGGCUCCUCGUUGCCGCGCUUGUCCACAACUUUGAUAUCAUCAUGCCCGACGACUUUGACGUCGAGGCAUUCGACAGCAGCAUCAAGAGUUUCCAGUCAUUGGUUAUGGGCCCGCUUCCGUUGCUUAUUAAAUCGCGGGCUGCUGUUGGGGAGAAGUGA